AUGUCAAAAGCCACGACGCCCUCACUGCCCGUGUUCAAUGUCGCCCAUACGCCCUCAAAGUCCCCGCGCUCAGCGUCGCCAAUGCUGCAACCCCCAGAGCCGCACAAGCGAAACGCGACACCCUCAUCAAUAACAUCGACCUACUCUCUCCUGUCGGUCCAGGAGACUGCGCAAAAACUCUCGUCGUCGGUAACACAUGGCCUCUCCACCUCGGACGCCUCGGCGCGCAUACACGUCCAUGGCCUCAACGAACUCCCGUCCGAAGAGCCCGAGCCGCUCUGGCUACGCUUCAUCAAGCAGUUCAAGGAGACGCUCAUCCUGUUGCUACUGGGCUCCGCCGCUGUUUCCUUCCUCAUGGGUAAUCUGGACGACGGAGUCAGCAUAACCGUAGCCGUGACAAUCGUCGUCACCGUAGGCUUUGUACAGGAAUACCGGUCGGAAAAGUCGAUAGAGGCGCUGAGCCAGCUGGUUCCGCACUCUGCACAUGUCAUCCGCGCCGGCACAGAGCAGCCACGCCCUGGUCGCACGCCCAGUGGGCCGCCGACUGAAGAUAUAGAAUUGGAUACCCUCAAAGACACGACGUCGUCAUUGGCCGCAGCCGAGAGGAUGUCUGCAACCAUAUCUGCCACCCUGUUGGUUCCCGGCGACUUGGUCCUCUUCCACACCGGCGACCGCAUACCGGCAGACAUUCGAAUCACCCAUGCCGCAGACCUCAGCAUCGACGAGUCCAACUUGACUGGAGAGAACGAGCCCGUAUCCAAAUUCAUGGAUGCCAUUGCACCCCCGUCGGCUACCCUACGCUCGCCUUCGCCUUUCUACUCGUCCGAGGCCGCGGGCACGGUGGGCGCAGAUAUCCGGCUCAACGACCAGAAGAACAUUGCAUUCAUGGGUACAUUGGUUAGAUCGGGUUACGGACAAGGCAUCGUUAUUGGAACUGGCGCCAAUACUGAGUUUGGUGCCAUCUCUGCCUCAUUACAGGCCAUCGAAAGCCCCCGCACCCCUCUGCAGCUUUCCAUGGAUCGGCUAGGCAAGGAUCUGAGUUACAUGUCUUUCGCAGUCAUUGCAUUCAUCGGCAUGGUGGGUUUAUGGCGGGGCUGGGACUUUCUCGAGGUUUUUCAAAUUGCUGUUUCGCUCGCAGUCGCUGCCAUUCCGGAGGGCCUGCCUAUUAUCGUUACCGUGACCCUCGCACUGGGCGUCCUGAGAAUGUCAAAGCGCGACGCUAUAGUUCGACGGUUGCCCAGCGUAGAGACUCUGGCAUCUGUCAACGUUGUUUGUACUGACAAGACAGGCACCUUGACAACCAACCACAUGACAGUCACCAAGAUAUGGCAUUUUGAUCAGUCAACACCAAUUGACGUCAAGGAGAAGCAUGAUUCUGCCGAUCUGGACCCCCCAACUCGCAACAUUCUACGCAUCGGCAACAUAGUCAACAAUGCCCGCCUACUAAGCGACCAGGCUGCUUCAGCCUCUACAGCUGCCGUACUUUCCUCAACUCAAGGGGAUGACAACUCUCUAGCUAAGAGCCGAUGGGUCGGCCAGCCCACUGAUGUCGCUCUACUCGACCUCAUGGAUGCCUUUGAGGAAGAUGAUGUCAGGGAGAGACUUGGCGAGCGCAAGUUUGAGACACCUUUCAGUUCCGAGAGGAAGUGGAUGGGUGUUGUAGUCGGUGGCACCUCUGGUAGUCACACCCCUGGAGCGGAGCACUCGUACAUCAAAGGUGCACUGGAAAGAGUCCUAGACCGUUGCGACACGUACGUUACAGCACAAGGGAAAGAGGUAGUUUUGGACCAAGCGCACAAGCAAGAAGCGAUCAAAGCCGCGGAUUCAAUGGCCCAAGAAGGGUUACGAGUACUCGGCUUCGCAAGUGGUGCGUCCAAAUCCAAGAAAAGGAACGCCAGCGGUACUGCCUCACCAGCGCCAUCCGUGAACUCGGCUCUUGGCGAUGAUGAUCAAUAUCGCGGCCUCGUGUUUGCUGGCCUGGUGGGCAUGAACGAUCCACCGAGGAAGGGUGUAGAAAGAGCCAUCAGGCGCUUGAUGGCCGGCAAAGUCAAGGUGAUUAUGAUUACAGGUGAUGCGGAGACGACGGCAGUCGCCAUCGGCAAGAGUCUAGGCAUGCCAAUUACUGCAAACUCAGCAAUCGGUCGCUCUGUCAUUCGCGGUGAUGAACUGGAUCGUAUGAGCGAGGAAGAGCUUGCACAAGCUAUCGCAACUACCUCAAUCUUCGCGCGAACUAGCCCGGAGCACAAGAUGAAGAUUGUCCGAGCGCUCCAGUCGCGAGGUGACGUCGUGGCCAUGACUGGUGAUGGUGUGAAUGACGCUCCUGCACUCAAAAAGGCCGACAUUGGUAUUUCAAUGGGUCGACUGGGAACAGAUGUAGCCAAGGAGGCCGCAGACAUGAUUCUAACAGAUGACAACUUCGCCACCAUCCUCAAUGCAAUCGAAGAGGGCAAGGGCAUCUUCUACAACAUUCAAAACUUCCUCACUUUCCAACUGAGUACCAGCGCAGCAGCACUCAGUCUAGUUCUAGUCAGCACAUUCCUCGGCUUUCCCAAUCCCCUCAAUGCCAUGCAGAUUCUCUGGAUCAACAUCCUUAUGGACGGCCCCCCCGCACAAUCCCUUGGCGUUGAGCCCGUCGACCCUUCCGUAAUGGCCCUCCCACCCCGCCCACGCCACGCCCGCGUCCUCACCCGCCCCCUUAUCCAGCGUGCACCCUCACAACCUACUACCGCGAAAUGUCCGUUGACAACCUCGUCACCGCGCGCGACACCACCAUGA